UUAAUCUCUCAUCGUCCCCAGGGCUGCACCAUCUCAAUCCGUGGGUCCCUUCCUCUCUCCUCCACCCCUGGGGCCGCUGCGAUGCUGCGGGCCAGUCGGGUGCUGUGGGCCCGGGCACCCUCCCCUUCGGGGGUCCCCGGCCCCGCGCUGCGGUUCGACGGGGAAGUCUUCCGCUUGAAGGGAACCGGGGAGCUGGUCCGGGCCUUGCUGGUGCUGCGGCUUUGUGCCUGGCCUCCCCUGGUGACCCACGGCCUGGAGGUCCUGGCCUGGUGCCGCCGCCUCCUCGGGGCUCGGCUGUCCGGGGCGAUGCUCCGGGCCUCGGUGUACGGACAGUUUGUGGCCGGUGAGACGGCCGGGGAGGUGCGGAGUUCGGUGCAGCGGCUGCAAGCCCUGGGCCUGCGGCCGCUGCUGGCCGUGCCCACCGAAGAGGAGCCGGGGACGGAGCGGGCCGGCGAGGGCUGGUACGAGGGCAAUCUGGCUGCCAUGCUGAGCUGCGUGGACCUGGCCAGCGGCCCUGAGGACCCCGCCACCGCCCCCAGCCCGGUGCUCAUGCAGCUCAAGGCGACGGCACUGACCAGCACCCGCCUCUGUAAGGAGCUGACUGCGCGGCUGGGGGCGCCGGGGGCUGCCAGAGACCUGAGCCCCGACAGCCUGGCGGCCGUCAUGGACAGUAGCCAGGACCCCCAUAUAUCCAGCCUGAGUCCUGAGCAGAAUCAGCACCUCGGAGCCUCCCUGAGACGGUUCCACCGGGUCGCCCAGUACGCCCGGGCGCGGGGGGUGCGGCUGCUGGUGGACGCCGAGUACACGUCCCUGAACCCCGCGCUCUCCCUGCUCGUGUCCGCCCUGGCCCUGCGCUGGAACCGUCCGGAAGAGGCUGACCGACAUGGGGCCGCCUGGGUGUGGGACACCUACCAGGCUUACCUCCAGGACACUCCUGAGCGGCUGGGCCGGGCAGCCGAGGCGGCGGAGCGGCGGGGCCUGGCCUUCGGGGUCAAGCUGGUGCGAGGGGCCUACCUGGAGAAAGAGCGGGAGCUGGCGAGGAAGGCGGGGACUCCGGACCCCACCCAGCCCGACUACGAGGCCACAAGUCACAGCUACAGCCGCUGCCUGGAGCUGAUGCUGGGGCAGGUGUUGCGGCGGGGCCCUCAGUGCCGGCUCAUGGUGGCCUCUCACAACGAGCAGUCCGUGCGCCAGGCCGCCCGCCGGAUGUCAGAACUGGGGAUCCGGCCGGACGGACCGGUCUGCUUCGGCCAGCUGCUGGGAAUGUGCGACCAGGUGUCCCUGGCCCUGGGGCAGGCGGGCUACGCCGUGUACAAGUCGAUCCCGUACGGCUCCCUGGACGAGGUGCUGCCCUACCUGAGCCGGCGGGCCCAGGAGAACCGCGCUGUGCUGGCCGGGGCGCGCCGGGAGCGCCAGCUCCUGCGCCGGGAGCUGUGGCGCCGGAUGACUGGAAGGCCCUGACGGCCCCCACCCCCGGGGACCCUUCCCCCGUGCUCCAGUCCACCCACCCCCUGGAACCGGCCCCAGCCCCUUCCAAGCCCCCGGCAAAUAAAGGCACCAGAAACCAUCGAGUCCCUGGCCCUGACCGAGUCGGGCGAGGCGGGAUCGGGGCGCCUCGAGACUGCGGAAAGAAGGGGGGAAAGAAAACGGCAGCCACGCAGGAAGAAGUGGCACUCGGAUUGGAGCGUCAGAUCUGCUCCGCCAGUCGCCUCUUGCCACCUCCUUGCCCAUGCUGACCUGAUAUACCUGAGCCGAUCAGAGUGGAGGCCUGGCCUUGGGGCACUCCCCUGGAGUACCGCCCUCCCAUCUGUCUGCAGUGACCCCCGACUCUGCCCUCUUCCAAAACCCUGGUUCGAACACCCCACUCCCUCAGUGCCCAGUUUGGGUUGGAAACGACUU